AUGCCGCCAGAGGCCCAACAACACCGGUAUCAUCACUCCCUCUCACCAAUCAAAAAGGUCAAAGCCGCCCUUGAAGGCGUCAAGUCCCCGAAAUCGCCGCCCUCGUCUCCAUCCAGUGGCGGUGGCCUCCCAGAGGACCACCAAAGAAUCACGGUCUUCGACUUCAACUGCGACACCCGCACCCGCAUCGAGGAGAUCUACUUCGACGACCCCAAAUCCCGAGAAUGUCUGAGCGUCAACCCGGGCGACCACCCGCAGCACGAGCAGGAGCGCAAGCGGUGCACGGCCGAGAACUGGCGCGCCGAGAUUGAGAGACGGAUCGUGGCGCAGUCGAAGAUGGUCGAUCACGCUUACGGCGAUGCGCAUCCCUUUCGAGCUCAAGCUUACGGGCAUGGCGAUGGACAGAAAUGA